AAUAGGAUUGAAGAACAUAAACGCAGUGCCACCCAAUGUGCCACUGGCCGAAAUGGGUAUGGAUUCGAUGAUGGCAGUAGAAAUUAAGCAAACAUUGGAAAGAGAAUUUGAUAUUUUCUGGACAGCGCAAGACAUUAGAACACUAAAUUUUGCUAAACUUAGUCAAAUGACAAUUACAACCGAGCAAGGAAAGACACAUAAUACAAACAAAAUUAAUGAAGAUUUUAACAUGCUGUUUCGAAAAAUGAAGGAUUCAGAUUUUGUUCCAGAUAUUCUUGUAGAACUUGCUACAAAAAAGGAGAUUGGUAGGAACAAUGUUUUUCUCUUACCAGGAAUCGAAGGAUAUUCAAGUGUAUAUAAGUCUAUAGCAUCAGAAAUUAAAUCUUCGGCAACGUGUUUGCAACAUGGUCUACUUAAUAUUGCUGACGAAAGUCAUUCAGUGAUAAAGUCAGCCGCUUAUUUGCUGCCUCACUUAUUGAAGAAAAUGAAAGAUCAAAGAGAAUUUCUAAUAGUGGGUUAUUCGUUCGGAUCCUUAAUUGCCAUCGAAUUAGCAAGAUUAUUAGAA